GGUUGGCUGCUUCGUUAUUAUUGCUAAAUGUUUUGUUUGGUGGAGUGGUAUUUCGUCUUAAGGUGUUCAACUAUUUCUUUUCUAUUUUGUCCCUGUAGUUAUGGGUAGGGGAAGUGGAAACCAUGAAAUUACUUUAAAAUGAAUGUACAUAGACAAUGAUUCUAAAUGUUCUGUUUCAGAGAUCAUUAUGGAUGUACAGCGUGGACAUUGCUGGAGAUGUGAGAAAGUUCUUCCACAGCUGACUGUGCCUUGUAGCCGCUGCAAUAUGGCUGUCUACUGCAGCACAUCAUGCCUGGGCAACGACACGGCCAGACACAGCUCUGUUGAGUGCCAGAUGUUUGGGCCACGACAGUGCGGCAAUUGUGGAAAAACUGCUACUAAUAUGAAGGAGUGUGCGAGUUGCAGUAAUGCAUGGUACUGCAGCAAGGAAUGCCAACUGACUGACUGGAAAUCCCACAAGCCAUCAUGUAAGGAAGCUAAAGAUUCAAUGAAAAAGCUGGCAGAGAAGCUUCAGAAACGGGCUGUGGUAACAUACAGUAUAAGCGGUGACUUUCCCUAUUACAUUGGUAACAUCUUUGCCAAAGACUUCCUUCAACUUGAGGGCAAUGAAUUGACAUCUGGAGUGAAGGAGGACAGUUUGGCAAAAGAUUACCAUAUUUUGUCUAUUGGUUGUGGAAACCUGCGCAACACAGUGUUGACGGCCACUUCCUUGCCUGACAAGUACCAGGGAAAACUUCACGUUACCCUCAAUGACUCAGAUCAUUUUGUCAUGGCAAGGAAUGUGCUGUUUCUCUUCAUGUUGGUCCGCUUCGCAGACACUGACUACAUUGCUUCCAGUCUGACAACCAUCUGGUACUCACUCCAUAUUUCCAUGAGAGAGUACGACUUGAUCAAGACAAGCUUGGAUGAACUCAUUCAGAUGAGUGCUCAGCAACUCCAUGAUGCUACCAAAGGACUUGUGAGUGUCCUGGAUAAAGACCUGAGCUCGCUGCAUGUGGUUUGGGGAAAGUGGCGAUUAUUAGAAUGUCAACGACACAAGAGCACCUCAAUCAAUCUCAGACAACAAAGGAAGAAGCUAUUUCAGAAGGAAAAUGUGGCACAAAAGUUAUCUUGCUAUACUGAAGAAAUCUCUCACUCUGAGAAGAAGAAGGUUGAAGAGUGGUUCGACCAUGCACUGUUUUUUUCAACUGAAAGAAAAGAAGAGGAUAUGCCAUUUGACAACCCAACGCUAACUGGACAUGAGCCUCCGCAUACGUUUAAAGCACCUGAAGAGUCCCAGUUUGUUUACAGUGUAAAUGCAGAUGCAUUUCCCUACCAAGAGUGGGACUGCCUCAGAGUAAGAGAGGACACUCCUGGAUCCCACUCCUCUCCGAUGGUGAUGUACCACGAGUACGUGACAAACCUCCUCCUGAAAGUCAAGAGUCUCAUCCUUCAAGGAAGGCUCCUCAUCCACGUCUCCUUGGCCAACUGUCUGGACUUUCCUACUCACCACCAAACCUUGAAUAUGUCAAACUAUGACCGAAUCUUCACCUCCAACCUUGCUGACUAUGUCGGCAUUCCUAGGCUUCUCCAAACAUUCAAGCCCCUUCUCAAUCCUUCUAACAGCUUCUCGGUGAUUGUGACCGAGUGUAUGAACUGGGUCAGAUUUAUUCCAGGAGCCGACACAGAGGCCAUGUUCAUGCAUCCCGCCAUGCGCCAACUGGUAAACCAAUGUUAUAUUACAUACCGCACAGACUUCCCAGAAAGCAGGUCCAUCUGCAACUGCAGGUUGGCAGAGUAUCGUGACAACACCCCCUACUUUCUCCAAUAUCUCCGAGCAGAUAUCAUGGCAGGGGGACGUGGGAUCCCAGCACUCAAAGCUGUUCCCAGGUUCGUGAGUGUGAAGAAGUACCACGGUAUGGAAAUGCGUGACUUUAGGGAGGGGCUGAACAAGCUGGUACCAUUCAUAUAUCGUAUGAAUGCUAGGGAUCUUAAUAUGCUGAAUGGUAGUGACCGAGCUGUAGAGUGGUGUCUGCCUAAAAGUGAUGCUUCAACCUAGAUGUCUUUGUGCAACUUCCAUGCGACUUUCUGCAUCCACCAGAACUCAACAAUGUGCAGUAAACCAAUUGCAUGACUGCUCUUGAACAGAAUUGGGAUAUCGAACAUUCCAUGUCACAAUAACUAGAAUGUGAAAUCUGAAUUUGAAAUAUAGUACUAAAUUUCCAGCUAUUGGAUCUUGGUACCUUUAACUUGAGCCCAU